AUGGCAUUCCACAUAAAUAAAACCGAGAACAUGGCUGAAAGCUUUGAGACCACACCCUAUGAUUAUGAGUGGGCAACACCCUGUGAAAAAGUCAGCAUCAAGGAGCUGGGGUCAUGGCUCCUACCUCCACUGUACUCCCUGGUAUUCAUCAUUGGACUCCUAGGCAACAUAGUGGUUGUGUUGAUCCUUAUAAAGUACAGGAAGCUCCAAAUUAUGGCUAAUAUCUACCUGCUCAACUUGGCAAUUUCUGACCUGCUCUUUCUCUUCACCGUUCCAUUCUGGAUUCAUUAUGUUAUGUGGAAUGAAUGGGGUUUUGGCCAUCACAUGUGUAAAGUGAUCUCUGGGUUUUAUUACCUUGCCUUGUACAGUGAGAUAUUUUUCAUCAUCCUGCUGACAAUUGAUAGGUACCUGGCCAUUGUUCAUGCUGUGUUUGCCCUGAGAACCCGGACUGUGACUUUUGCUACCAUCACCAGCAUCAUCACCUGGGGACUGGCAGGGCUGGCCGCAUUCCCUGAAUUUAUCUUCUAUGAGUCCCAAGACAAUGAUGGAGACCAUUUCUGCGGUCCUCAUUACCCAGAGGGUGAAGAAGACAGCUGGAAGCGUUUCCAUGCUUUGAGAAUGAAUAUCUUUGGUCUAGCUCUCCCUCUCCUCAUUAUGGUUAUCUGCUACUCAGGAAUCAUUAAAACUCUGCUGAGAUGCCCCAAUAAAAAAAAGCACAAGGCCAUCCGGCUUAUUUUUGUUGUCAUGAUAGUCUUUUUUAUUUUUUGGACCCCGUACAACCUGGUUCUUCUUCUCUAUGCUUUUCACAACACAUUUUUGGAGAACAGCUGUGAACAGAGCAAACACCUGGACCUGGCCAUGCAGGUGACUGAGGUGAUUGCCUACACCCACUGCUGUAUCAACCCAAUCAUCUAUGCCUUUGUUGGCGAGAGGUUCCGGAAACACCUUCGGCUUUUUUUCCACCGACACGUGGCAAUCUACCUGGGGAAAUAUAUUCCAUUCCUUCCUGGUGAGAAAAUGGAAAGAACCAGUUCUAUUUCCCCAUCAACUGGGGAGCAAGAAAUCUCUGUGGUGUUUUAG